CCGGCGGCGGGGUCUGCGGGUGGCGUGGGUCCCGGGAUGGCGGGCGCUCCGGCCGGCGGUGCGGCUCGGUUUUCUUGUCCCCCCAACUUUACCGCGACGCCCCCAGCCUCAGAGCCCACUCGUUUCUCCUUGGAGGCGUUGACGGGCCCGGAUGUAGAACUGUGGCUUAUCCAGGCCCCUGUGGACUUCGCCCCAGACUGCCUCAACGGGCGGCUUGUGCCUCUUUCUGGCUCCCAGAUCGUGAAGGGCAAGUUGGCGGGUAAGCGGCACCGCUACCGGGUCCUCGGCAGCAGUGGCCCCCAGGCUGGAGAAGCAACACUGCUGGCCCCCGCAACGGAGGGAGGAGGGGGCCUCACCUGUGCCCCAGCACCCCAGGGCAGGCUAAGGAUUUUUGAGGGUCCCCAAGAAUCCCUUUCAGGAUUCUUGGGGACCAUCCCAGCAAGCCCCCCGCCACAGAUCCCCCCUGGCCUGAGGCCUCGGUUCUGUGCCUUUGGAGGCAGCCUGCCGGUCACAGGGCCUGGGUCGGCCUUGGCACUGAGGUCACCAGCCUCGGGGAAGAGGAAAAAGAAGAGGCAUAUGCCAGAGGCCUCAGUUCCUCAGGAGGCAGUGAAUGGGCAUGGGGCACUGGAGGUGGACACAGCUUUGGGGUCCCCAGAGAUGGACGUGGGGAAGAAGAAGAAGAAAAAGCAGCAGCUGAAAGAACUGGAGGUGAUGGAGCCGGUGGCAGCAGAGCCCGCGGCUGAGAUGUUGGAACCUCUGGGAGUGCCAUGUCCGUUCACCACCAAGAAGAGAAAAAAGAAGCCCAAAGAGGCAGACAUGGUCGAGCCAGAAAUGGGGCUGCUGGAGCCAGAAGAAAAGACAGGGGAGCUGGAACUCAUGGUUAAAACUGAGCCUCUGGAAGAGACGGUGCUAUCCCCCAGGAAGAAGAGGAAGAGGGUGAAAGGGACAGAAGGGAUGGAGCCAGUGGAGGGGAUGAUGGUUGAAUCUCAGCUGCAGGUGAAGAUGGAGCCACAGGAGGAAGCCAUCCCACUGCCGUCCUCGAAGAAGAAGAAGAAAGAAAAGGGGUACCAAGUGAUGAUGGAGCCAGGGACUGAGGCUAUAGAGCCAGAGACAAAACCUCUGGAGCUCCAAGGGGAGAUGAUGGAGCCUGAACUGCCGCAUGAAGUUGAGCCUCAGGCCAACGCAGCUCUGGCAUCCCCCAAAAAGAAGAAGAAGAAAGAAAAAUGGCAAAACGUGAUGAUGGAGCCAGGGACAGAGAUGGUGGAGCCACAAGAGGUGGUGAUGGAGCCUCAGCUGCCAGGUGACCUUGAGCCUCAGGCAGCUCUAGCAUGUACCAAGAAGAAGAAGAAGAAAGAAAGAGAACACAAAGCGCCGGUGCCAGGGCCGGAGAUACUUGAGCCACAAGGUGAGAUGAUGGAGCUUGAGCUGCCAGAUGAGGGUGAGUCUGAGGCCAGGGCAGAUCCGGCGUCCACCAAGAAGAAGAAGAAGCGGGGCCGGGAAAGCAGGGUGGCAGAGAUGGCAUCCCAGGAGGAGAUGCCAGAGCUGCCGCUGAAUCCGGAGUCUGGGGAGGUGGCUCCCCUGGGACGGAAGAAGAAGAGGGAGAGGCAUCUGCAGCAGGACCCCGUGUAGUCUCC